AUGAGUUACCUACCCGACGCGGAGAUUGACGCACUCAUUCGUGAGGACGAGGAGCGGCGCGCCGGCCGCGGCAACAUUUCCAUAGCCGAACUAUUUAGUGUGCCAACGCCACCGGCUGUGAAGCCACCGACUCCACCACCUCCGAAGAAGAAGUUAAGAGGCCUCAUCUGUGAAAUGCUACCAGUAGAGGAUGAGGAGUUUUUAUGUGAUGAAUACGAUGAACUGGCCCGUUCCCCUAAUGAUAUGGACAGGUGGGUGGGACAUCAUCGGGAUCCUCCUCCGCCGCACUACAGUGGCCCGGUGCUGACUCUUAAGUCAUGGGGGCCGUACACCCGUUUUGAAGUUUUGUCGAGCCUUCCCCCGGUGCCACCACGAUUCGAUGGAAAGAAGAAGGUUUGUAAUCGAAGUCGGCAUUACCCUAGACCCGCCCUUCCAAAGUGUAAUAAAUCUUUAGACCAGAAAAAACAGUCUAAUUCUUUGUGGUUGUGGAAGCGUAGCAUGGGUUUUCUUAGCGAAGAGAAUCGGUCAACUGGUGUGACUGAAAAUCAGUAG